AUUAGAUGUUUGACAGUACGCUUUUUAUCAUGUUUAUGUUUUAUACUCUAAAUAAAUAUGCAAUCUCAAUAAUUCGUUUGAAUAAUUAAUUUAACAAAUAUUUUAUUUGAAUUAUCAAAACAUUGAAUUUUCCAUGAUUUCUAGGGUUGGGUUAAUUAAUUUGUUUCGGUGCAAUUCAUUCAAAGUCUAUCGUUAUUUGUCAACAUCUAAAGGAGUUAAUAACAUGGGUGACUCUCAAGGUGGAAGUGGGGAACCUAAAUUCAAGGUUGAUAAGGAAUCGUUGAAAUCUCGGCUAACCGAUAUCCAGUACAGAGUGACUCAAGAAGCGGCUACUGAAAGGGCAUUCACUGGUGAAUAUUUGAAAUUAAAGGACAAUGGAAUGUAUGCCUGCUUAAUUUGUGAAUCUGAAUUAUUCUCAUCAAAUACCAAAUACGACUCUGGAUGUGGUUGGCCUGCCUUUUUUGAUGUCAUCGAUAAAACUAAAGUAAAGCUGACAGUUGAUAAAUCCCUUGGUAUGGUACGUACCGAGGUAACUUGUGCUAAAUGUAAUGCCCACCUUGGUCAUGUUUUCAACGAUGGACCCAAGCCUACUGGAGUCCGUUAUUGUAUCAACUCUGCUUCAUUGAAAUUCAAGAAAAAUACAUAAAAUAUGAAACAUUAACAGAUUUGA